AUGUCCCGCAAGCAAGCGGCCCGGGCCCGGCCCGGCGGCCCCAAGAAGGCCCGGCGGUCUCGGCAUCCCACUGGGGGCACGGCUCUGAAGCCCUCAGAGGGCGGCGGGGGCCUCGCCAGGCAGCUCCGAGCCCUCGGCCUCAAGCUGCGGGAGGUGCCGGGGGAUGGCAACUGUUUGUUUCGUGCCCUGGGUGACCAGCUGGAGGGACACUCCCGGAACCACCUUAGGCAUCGCCAGGAGACGGUGGAGUACAUGAUAAAGCAGCGAGAGGACUUUGAACCCUUCGUGGAGGAUGAUGUUCCCUUUGAGAAACAUGUUACCAAUUUGGCAAAGCCUGGUACCUUUGCUGGCAAUGAUGCUAUUGUGGCCUUUGCAAGGAACAAUCAGAUGAACGUGGUUAUUCAUCAGCUGAACGCACCGCUGUGGCAGAUUCAAGGCACUGACAAAAGCAAUGUGAGGGAACUGCAUAUUGCAUAUCGGCACGGGGAGCACUACGACAGCGUGAGGAGAAUCAACGAUGAUUCUGAAGCCCCAGCAUAUCUUCAGAUGGAGAUGCUCUCCAAAAGUGACUCAAAUAAGGAGGAGGAAAUGAAGCAACAGAAGGGUGACUCUGAAGAUGAGACUGAAAUUGAAAUGGAAGCUGCUGUACAAGAAGUGUGCAGUGCAACUGGGUGUUCAGACAUUGAGUUGGUAAGCCAGGUUCUGAAAGUGGAAGACUGCAACGUAGAAUCUGCAAUAUUUGCCAUCUUUCAAGUGCAGGAAGUGGAAAGAAUCAGUGCUGAGGAGCAGAGUGAUCCCCAGAGCGAAGGUCAGAAGCUGUGUGCCUCAUCUGUGUGUGAAGAUAACGGAAGCAGUUCAAGAAUCUUUGGAAGUCAGAGUUUGCAUCACCAUGAAACAGAAAAUACCAAAGCACGGGCUAGACCUGAUGAAGAGAGUCGAGCUAAUAAAAACUUAAAGGUAUUUAAAAAACAAAAGAAGGAACAGCAGCGGCUGGAGAAGAAGAAGCGGCAGGAAGAAAGGCACCGACAGAAGGUCUUGGCCAGUAGGAGUAACUGUGCAGAUAGCAACAGGACAGAGGUGGACUCAGAUAACCAAAUAACCUUGGUGAAGACCAUAGCAGCUCUAAAUAUAUGACUGAACGUGUUCUGAGCGUCCUGGUGAGAAAAGCAAAGGAUACUGAUGAAGAUAAAUUUCCUCUUAAGCAAA